AUAGUCCCGCAGCUCCAGUGGCUUAGUGCCGUUGAAAAUUGUUGUACACAGUCAAGAUAUUGAUUUUUGCGAGCCGAGAGGAAAACGCGACCCCACAGCCCCCGCCCCCUGUGCGCGACCAGUAGUAGUAGUAACGACUCACGGUCCUUCAAACAUUACGCAGCCCAAGGUUCUGGAAAAAAUCGAAGAUUACGAGCAGAGCAACAAAAAAAAAAACGGGGCAGAACGUGCAGAGCAAGCGAAGCGAGUGAAAGUGCCCGCAGUAGUGGUCAGCAAAAGUAGAACUCGAACUCGGGCUACAGUUCACCAAGCCAAUUCGAGUUUCCCGACUCGCAGCCUCCACUGAGCGAGCAGAAGAGCCCCGGAAAGUAGCACCCCCAGCGGAGAAGGAACGGAGAAAAGUGCAGUACGCCAACUGCGUCGAGCGCCCCAAGACCAAUUUAAUCAGAGGAAGAAAACCAGAAGAGACAGCAGCAGCCAUGGCUUUCGCCGGACUCAAAAAGCAGAUCAACAAGGCCAACCAGUAUAUGACGGAGAAGAUGGGCGGUGCCGAGGGCACCAAACUGGACAUGGACUUCAUGGAGAUGGAACGCAAGACGGACGUCACCGUGGAGCUAGUGGAGGAGCUGCAGCUAAAGACGAAGGAGUUCCUGCAGCCGAAUCCAACGGCACGGGCCAAAAUGGCAGCGGUCAAGGGCAUCUCGAAGCUGUCCGGACAGGCCAAGUCCAAUACGUAUCCGCAACCGGAGGGCCUGCUCGCGGAAUGCAUGCUGACUUAUGGGAAGAAGCUCGGCGAGGACAACAGCGUGUUCGCGCAGGCGCUCGUCGAAUUCGGCGAAGCGCUGAAACAGAUGGCCGACGUCAAGUAUUCGCUGGACGACAACAUCAAGCAGAACUUUUUGGAGCCACUGCAUCAUAUGCAGACCAAAGACCUCAAGGAGGUAAUGCAUCAUCGCAAGAAGCUGCAGGGCCGGCGGCUAGACUUUGACUGCAAGCGUCGCCGACAGGCCAAGGACGAUGAGAUUCGUGGUGCCGAGGACAAGUUCGGUGAAUCGCUCCAGCUGGCCCAGGUGGGCAUGUUCAAUUUGCUCGAGAACGAUACGGAGCAUGUCUCCCAGCUGGUCACCUUUGCCGAGGCACUAUACGAUUUUCAUUCGCAAUGCGCGGAUGUCCUUCGAGGCCUGCAGGAGACACUGCAGGAGAAGCGCUCCGAGGCGGAGAGCCGGCCACGCAACGAGUUCGUGCCCAAGACGCUGCUCGAUCUGAACUUGGACGGCGGUGGCGGCGGCCUCAACGAAGAUGGCACGCCGUCUCACAUUAGUUCGAGCGCCUCGCCGUUGCCCUCGCCGAUGCGUUCGCCCGCCAAGUCGAUGGCCGUAACGCCGCAGCGCCAGCAGCAGCCCUGCUGCCAGGCCCUCUACGACUUCGAGCCGGAGAAUCCCGGCGAACUGGCCUUCAAGGAGAACGACAUUAUCACCCUGUUGAAUCGCGUCGACGACAAUUGGUUCGAGGGCGCGGUGAAUGGCCGCACCGGUUACUUCCCGCAGUCGUAUGUUCAGGUGCAGGUGCCCCUGCCCAAUGGCAACUAGGCUAUUCCUCAUCCUGUUCCUCGUAUUAAUCCCGAUCCCUAAACCAAUCCCAUCCUAUCAAACUGGCUGAAGACAGGCGCGAAAUUGGGCAGCCCAAGCCGAUGCAGAAGCAGGAGCAGCAGAAGCAGCAGCAGCAGCACAUAAAUGCAAAUAUAUAUAUAUAGUUGAAUUAGAUGAGCGGGUUACUACGAUUACGGAUAUUACGAUACGGCUUAGCUAGCAGCACACAGCAGGCUAAAUUCAUGGUGGCCAUAGAGCAAGCUAACUAAAUUUUAUGUGCAAAAUUAUACCAGUUGGCAACACAAUAAUUAACAAAUUAACUACGAGUUAAAUUAAUGUACGUAUUAACUAACUAAAUUUACAAGACGUUACGCGCGCAAUGCCACUUCCUUGCGUUUUUACCUUUGAUUCUCAAACGUCAGCUUUGUUGUUCGUUGCAAGUUGCGAACAUUUAGUACUACUUCACACAAUAGAUCGAUCACGUAUUAGAACAGUUGGUCCGGCGGCAGAAGCAAACAGAAAAACACUCUAGCUAAUUAACUAAAUUACCCGUGUAAUCUUAAUCACGCCCAUGGAGGCGCGUCUCUUUUGUCUUUCCACCUGAGUUCUUCUAGCCUCCAGUUUUCGGAGGUCUUUUUAUCCGGUCUCAUCGUUGUAAUUUAAACCAACCUACGCCAAUGCGCUCUCUAUGCAAAUGUCCCUUUAUAGGCUAAAGCUACGUAUCCACACCAUACGCCCGCCCACAUGCAUAUACAUAUUUAUUAUAUACCCGAAAAUACCUACAUAUACCUACUCUACCUACGUAUAUUUGUGCAAAAACAAUACUCCCCACACUCUAUUCUAAAAGGCAUACGGAAUACCGUUCUUGAUGUUCGUUGUUCAAUGUAAAGAAUAAUUCAAUUCAAUUUUUCGAGGAUGAAACAAGCGAAAUUUGUAUCCUACUUUUUGCUCCUUUUUAUGUGUGUUGUUUUUUUUGUUUGUUAAUUAUAUACAUAACAACUAUAUAUAUAUAUAUUAAAUGAAAUCAAAUAUAUGUAUAAAUAUAUUUAUUAAGCGUAUUAUCUACAUGUAUAUUUAUUAUUAUGUAUUUAUUAUAAAUUAUACUGAGCAGCAACGUAAACAAUAUAAUGAAUAUUUAAACGAUGAUAACAGAUAAAAAGUACUAGCGGCAAGUAAAUGUAACAGAAUCCUCCUAAACAAUACCAACCAACAAGCAUAAUACUAGUUAAACGAUUUCCACAAAAAUGUUGAUAAUAAUAACUUUAAACGUAAGCAAAAUCCAGUCAAGUCAAUCGAAGCAUAGCAACACUUACGAACCUACUAACGCGUUUACCAACCGCAACUCUAGAUCAAAUAUUUAUAUAUUUAACGAGAUAAUAAUAAACAUUCGACGGCAAACCGAUAAAAUGAUUCAAAAUAGUCUCAUGUUGGCAUACAGCUAUGCACGAUAUACAUACGAAUGUAUAUACAUAUAUAUACUCGUACGUUUAGGAAUGAUAUACACAAGAUACAUAUAUAUUUACGUAUGAAGAAAACCAUUGAAUUGAAAGCCAUGCAACUUGUGUUGAUAAUAAAUUUGUUAAAUGCCAAGAAAACAUUUAACAGAAUUAUAUAUUCGAGUGCGAAGAUGAAACAUUUGCCUCGUGGACGGACAGACUGCCAGUGCGAACAUUUCCAGAGGAUACCCCAUCUGGGGAGGAUCCACCCAUCGCCUGGAGACUAUCUUUCCACGCGAUACACACUUGCCCCACGUGCAGCGGGGCCCGAACUUCAAACAAUAAUUAUUGUAAUUUUGCAUUUUUGUGUGGGCGGUAACUUGAAUAAUAUAUAUUACAAGGCAUAUACAUAAUAAUAAUAACUAUGCUAAAACUGAAGACCCUAAUUUAUGCAAACCAAAAUUAAUAAAAUUUAAUUUUUAAUGUGUCUUUCGUUCAAAGUCAUAACUGAGAAACAACAAAAAAAAAAACAAGCAAACGUCGUUUACUCUUUGAUAUUUCCCAUCUGACCUUAAAACCAUAAAACGUGCUGCCUGUUGUGUAACACAGAGACUCGAAUGCUGCUGGGAAUGGGUGGUGGUGGGCGAUGUGGGAAUCCGGAGGCGCCACCAAUAAACUACAACAGAAGCAUUGAAAUUUUCGAUUUUCCACACACAGACACAGGCAGCCGCCAGCACACCCUCCCCUCCCCUAUCCCACUGACCCAGUGGGCAUGACAUUGAAACGUGACGCAGCAUCCAACCCCUGAUGCCCACGCCUCCAGUCCAAAAAGUGGGUGAGGUCAUGCUGCCAGGACACGAGUGUUUGCCAGUCUGGGCUGAUGCAACC